CCAAGGGGCGGGCCCUGAAGCGCUGUUGCGCGCUGCAGCCUCUCCACUGCCCAGGGCUCUCGGCUGUCACCGCCAUGGCGGCACCAGUUUUGCUGCGACAAGGACGAGCUGGGCCACUGAAGACUAUUCUCCUAGAAGCACAGGUGUUUCGAGGACUUGCUUCUACAGUUUCUCUCUCUGCAGAAUCAGGAAAGAGUGACAAGGGGGGACUGCCACCAAAUUCCAAGAAGCAAAGUUCACCAAAAAAUAUAGUGGAACCAAAGGAGAGGGGCAGGCUGCCAGCCACCCAAGCAGCAGCUGAAUUGUCUAGAAACGUAUCUUCACCCCGUUCUUACCCAUCAGUUGCCAAUAAAGGUGGGAUAGUAGCUAGCCCUAACCCCGAUGACAGCGUGCUGUUCACAGAUAAAGGGGUCUUGAAACUUGUGUCAAGAAAGACUUUGGUAGAGUUUCCUCAAAAAGUUUCAUCUCCAUUCAGAAAGCAGGGCUCUGGUUCAGAAGCAUGCCGGGAGGGCCAGAGAGCAAUGAAUGAUUCCUCUUCAUCCUCAUCCAGCUCCUCAGAUUCAGAGUCUGACGAUGAGGGUCACAUCUCAGAAGCUGGUCCUCAAGUGGUGAGCAAAGGCAAGGGGAAAUAUCGGAAGCCAGAAGCUGCUCAUUCCCUUGAAAACAGAGGCCCCCAAGAUGUGAUAUCAGUAAAAGAGAAGACCUUGUCACAGAAACCACCUGCGGACAUCACCUACCCAGAGAAGCUCCAUCAGUCAAAGAAGAAAGUGUUCACUGUUAAACCACUAGAGCACAGAAAAGAUGCCACACCAAAAACUACAACACCAAAACCGCAAGUAGAUGGAAAGCUUCUGGGGCAAAAUUUAAAGGAAAAACAAUUGCAGAAAGCACUUAGAUCACAUAAAAUAGAUAAAAAGAGCCAGAAGCCCCUCGAAGUUAAAAAAGUCUUACCUGACCACGCAGAAUCAGGAUUGUCAGCACAGCUGAAGGACAGCCCCAUCCCCACUGUGUGGAUGGAAGAGGCCAGAGCAGGGGGCCAGCUGCAAGCCAUUCCUCCUGGGGCCAGGGAGAGAUCUCGGGAAAAACACAUGCUUGAGCCUGAGGGGAAGGCGGCUCCCCUGCUCGGAAAAGAAGACUUGGGGAAGCAGGAACCAGAAGGGCACCUGAAGGCUGCAGAAGAGAUGGUGGAAGAUCAGGUACCACUAAGAGAUUUGAAGGCAGUUCCUGUUGACACUCAAGAUGUCUUGGAUGAAAAGACAGCAGUGCCACAGUUUGAGGAAAAGGGCGAGGCAACAGAAGACUUCACUGUGCCAGUGGAAGGCCAGGACGGCACACAGGAGCCCACCCCAGCGCCCAACGAGCCAUUUGACAACACCACCUACAAGAACCUCCAGCACCACGACUACAGCACGUACACCUUCCUAGACUUGAACCUCAAUCUCUCGAAGUUCAGGAUGCCGCAGCCCUCUUCAGGACGAGAGUCACCACGACACUGAGAGUCUUCGGCUCAGAGAUGAACCUUCCUGCAUUCUUACCUGCAAAAAUAAAGUCCGCUCGAGAGUCAUGAAGCCCAGUGUGCAUAAUUAGUUCCACUUUUACACUUUUUACCGUGAAUGGUGAAAUAGCAAUGCUGUUGCUGAUUUUAGUCAGCAUGUAUUUAGGAAGAGCCACUAUAUGCAAGGAAUUUUUCUUAAAUUAUAAAUUUGUGACUACUGGGCAAAUCCAUUAAAUUAAAUUCGUAAGUGUUUGUGAACAGUG